GUUUCCGCCGACUGCAGGCGAUCUCGUUCCGAGACGAGACGAGACGCCACGGCUGCCGGAAGACGAAGACUCCCUCUGAUCCAUCCAUCCCAGCGUCCUUGCGGCAUCCACCACUCUGAAUUCCUUCCGAUUUCUUGUAUCUGGACAACCAUACCAAACAUGAGGGAAUCGCUUUCAACACAGGGGGAGCCAUCUACAUCUGCUACGGUUGAUGAUAGUAACUCAGCUGACAGGGUUGAAGAUUCACAGCUAUUCCUCAACUUACCUGCUUUAAAUCAAGCUGCAUCUUAUCUUGCCCAGACAGCUUCAUUUCUCACCCAGUGCCUCCCUGUACCUGGCUAUGUGGGUCUAUCUGAGGAGGGCCAAGAAUUAGUAACACUGCCACCUGCAUUGGCUGCAGGCAGGCUUUCUUUUCAGACUUCUUCCGUGAAAUUCUACUGGAACAAAUUCAUCCCUUGGUCAGGCAGACUGCAGCGGAAGCCCUUCUCAAGAAAACGCAGCCUUGAAGAGCGUGCUCGGAAAACUGUCCGUGGUUCGGCAGAUGAUAUCGGCUGGCUCCAGAGGGACCAAAGCUUGCCUAGAACCGAGGAUGGGACAGCCAGAUUCUUGGAGAUUUUGGACUCUGUGAGAAAAAAUGAGCACAAGCUACCUGAUUCAGUUGUUUACUUGUUGGUUCCAGGUCUGUUUAGUAACCACGGACCACUUUACUUUGUCAAGACAAAGGCAUACUUCUCCAAGAUGGGUCUAGCUUGUCAUAUUGCCAAAAUUCAUAGUGAGUCUUCAGUAAGUAAAAAUGCACGAGAGAUAAAGGAAUACAUAGAAGAAAUAUACUGGGGAUCAAGGAAACGAGUGCUACUUCUUGGUCAUAGCAAGGGCGGUGUAGAUUCGGCUGCAGCCCUCUCCCUCUACUGGCCACAACUUAAAGACAAAGUCGCGGGUUUGGUAUUAGCUCAAAGUCCAUAUGGAGGAAGUCCAGUUGCUUCAGAUAUCCUGCGAGAGGGGCAGCUUGGUGACUAUGUGAGGUUGCGUAAAAUCAUGGAGAUCUUGGUAUCUAAAGUCCUUAAGGGUGAUCUGCAGGCCCUAGAAGACCUGACUUACGAAAAACGAAAAGAAUUCCUGCAACAACACCCGUUGCCCUUGGAGGUUCCAAUUGUAUCAUUCCACACAGAGGCAAGCAUCACUCCCAGCGUGCUCACUGCGCUGUCUCAUGUCGCGCACUUGGAGCUCCCGAUUGCUGCCGAUGGCAAUUCCACCAGGAUACCGGUUGUGAUGCCACUUUCAGCUGCAAUGGCAGCAUGCUCACAACUGCUGGUGGCAAGGUAUGGCGAGAUGAGUGACGGUCUCGUGACGAGGAAGGAUGCUGAAGUUCCAGGAUCAGUGGUGGUCCGACCAGAGCGGAAGCUAGACCAUGCUUGGAUGGUAUAUUCCUCGGUGAAAGAAGAGCCAGGGGAUCAGGCGGACACGUCGCAGGUGUGCGAAGCCCUGCUGACUCUGCUUGUCGAGGUUGCACAGAAAAGGAGGCAUGAGAUGGCCAUGAAAGAUGAGUGAAACUACUUGUUAGUGUUGCCCUGAGAUGUACAUAUCCUGUAACCGUAGACUUGGUUAUUGCUGGCUGUAUAGAAUUGUGCUCAAAUUAAAUUGCUUCUGGACCUGUUUUUUGUUUGGUUUACAGAAGCUUAUUAUUAUGGAUGUUCCUUGCAUAUCA